AUGCGUCGUUUUAUCACAGUACUGUUGCUUGUGGCUUUGACCCAGGCUAAGCCACAAUUCUUCGGGCUUUCUCAGAGCUACGGCGUCCCACAGUUCCAGCCAUCCAACCCCGUCCCCGCCCCUGCCCCCGCCCCCCCACCGGCCCCCACCUCUAGCUACGGCCUCCCCACCUCCCCCAGCAACCCCUUCCCCGACGUGAACAUCGCCCCCGUCCUGCCUCAGGAACCUUCCGGUCUCUACGAAGUCCCAAGCUCUGACUCCAACAACAACCCCGUGGCCUCCUGCAACCCGACGACCGAAAUCUCCGUCGUCACCACCACCAGGUUCAUCCCCAGCACCGUCAUCGAGACCCGCACCCGCGCCCUCCCCACCACCGUCUACUCCGAAAUCACGCAGACGCAGUACUUCCCAUCCACCGUCAUCAGGCAGCAAAUCAUAACCUCGGUUGUUCCUCCGGUGAUCCAGACAACGACUGACGUCGUGACCAACGUCCAGUACGUCACCCGCGCCCAGUACUUCACCCAGACCUCCUACGUCACCGACACCCGCCUCCAGUACAUCACCGAGACCCAGACGCAGACCCAGACCCGCUUCCAGACCCAGACUGAGGUCCGCACUGACAUCCAGUUCCAGACUCGGUUCCAGACGGAGUUCCGGACCGAAACCCGCACCAGCACCCAGGUUCAGUACAUCACCCAGACGGAGCGCGUCCCCGAGUUCAUCACCCAGACCCAGACCCAGAGGGUUCCCGAGUUCAUCACCCAAACCCAGACCCAAUUCCAGACCGAGUUCCGCACCCAGACCGUCACCUCCACCCGCGUGCAGAACCAAGUGAUCACCCAGACCGUGACCAGCACCAGCGUCCAGAACAACUUCGUCACCCAAACCCAGACCCAAUUCCAGACCCGCUUCCUCACCCAGACCGUCACCUCCACCAGGGUCCAGAACAACGUGGUCACCCAGACGCAGCAGGUGCCCCAGUACAUCACCCAAACCCAGACCCAGCGCGUGCCUCAGUACAUCACCCAGACCGUCACCUCCACCAGAGUCCAGAACAACGUGGUCACCCAGACCCAGCAGGUGCCCCAGUACAUCACCCAGACGCAGACGCAGAGAAUCCCACAGUACGUCACCCAGACCGUCACGUCCACGCGCAUCCAGACGGUCCAGGGUGACUGCGGGGGCGCCUCCAGCAACAACCCGACUACCAUGAUGGCUGGAUACUAUUAAGGAUCAAAAGCACUUCCUUCUGUAUGGGAAGAUCGCCCUUGCAUCUGUG